AUGAGUGGGAACUUCGGGGACUCCUUUCCCAAACAUCCUAAUCCGGAAAAAGCCCCGAUCAAUCACGACUGGGGCGUGUCUGUCUACCCACAACCGUCCCCGUUCAAUUUUGCAGCUGCCGAGACUAUACCUGCUCGUGAAGGUCCUUCCAAGCCCAACAUCAGGCAUGUGAAUGCUAAAGUGGCCAUUCCCCGGACUUCGCAGCCCAGUAGUUGGACCAGCAGUGGUCGAGUCAGUCGGGCCUGUGAAAAUUGCCGUGAACAAAAGGCCAAAUGUAGUGGCCAUCGCCCAGCAUGUCAUCGGUGCCAGGAUGCCGGGGUCCGAUGCUCGUACGGCGAUCGGAAAAGGGAGAGGAUGAUGAAGCAACUGAAUGAUCUGACUACACAAGUUGAAACUUAUGACGCUUUGCUACGCAAUCUUUAUCCCAAGCUCGGUGCGUCCUUGGCCCGACAAGUGGAUCAAACCCUGAGAGACCUCAAUUCACGCCCUCUCAUCGCCCAAGCCAAAGUCCCUUCCCCUGUUUUGUCCACUCCAUCCAACAAUGCACAACAUCUAAGUAUUCUAUCUUCCAGUGCAGAUGUGAGCUCUAUGGUUGCUUCCUCGGGGGCUGUAGACUACACCGAAGAAGACUUUAACCGUGAUGAGAAAGUGCAAGCGGUGGGAUUUGUGGGCGAACAUUCGGAGAUGGCCUGGUUGUACAGACUCAAACGCGACCUUGAUCGUGAGACUUUCAAAUCGAUUAAAGAGGUAUCUGAACGCCCUCCGAUCUCAUCCGUGACCUUCUUCCAAGAUGAUUCGGGAAUCUUGGUUUUCGACGAUAUCGACCUCGCACGCCGUCCUCCACAACACAUCGCUAACGGACUCAUGGAUGCUUACUUCCAUGUUGUUCAUCCUGAGUUUCCGAUCAUUGGAAAGACCAUAUUUUUAAACCAGUAUCGAUCCUUCUAUAUGAAUCCGAACGUGCGACCUGGUAAACGCUGGAUUGCGAUGCUGAACCUGGUUUUUGCCAUCGCGACCAGACACGCCCUUCUUGUCGAUCAGCCCCAACCGGAUUGCGAUGAUCAUCAAACUUAUUUUGAACGGGCAUGGAGGCUUAGUGUGGGCAAUGUGCUGCUAGACCAUCCGGACUUGCAACAAGCACAAGUGGAGGGCUUAGCUGCUUUUUACCUCUUGUCAGUUGGGCAAGUCAACAGAUCAUGGAGAAUCAUCGGUCUUGCGAUUCGAUCGGCAGCGACCAUGGGCCUAAACAUCCGAAGCGAAACCGAAAGCAUCACGCACUUUUCAAAGGAACUUCGAUAUCGGGUUUGGUGGGCACUGUUCAUGCUGGAUAUUUGUUUGUGUGAGAUGACUGGACGUCCACUUAGCACGAGGGACAUCUUCUGCACCACGCCCCUUCCUGUUCCCUUUCAAGAGGAGGAAUUUUGCGAUGAGCGUGUGGUGCAGGUUAUCACAAACCAAGAAAAUCGAAAUGCCUUCUUCACUUCUUUAUUUAUCAAUACUCCUAUUGAUUCACCGACGGAGGGUGUGGCUCUCAAAUCCCCAGCGCAGCAGGGGAAGGGCAAGGGGAAACAACAAGAAAGACCGAAUCAGAUGGGGGCCAUGGAUUUCACACCUAAUACUUCUCUGUGCUUUCUGUAUGCGGUGGAUCUAGCUCAUAUCUUGAGAGAUGCUAUCGAUAUCCUGUAUGCUCCUGGGUCAACACGGCAGUCAUGGCAUGAUAUCGAAACAGCCAUUUCCAUGCUCAACAAUCAUGCGGACAACUGGUUAUCUCGUCUCCCAGCGGAGUUUCAUUUCAUAACGCUAGACAGAACCCACCAGUUUGUGCGGCAGUGUGUUAGCCUCGCUUUCAGGUUCUAUGCCACGAAGUUGAUAAUAUUGCAGCCCUGCUUUCGCCGUCUCUCUCAAUCAUCAUCCGAAGCAACGUCUCCGGGAACGCUGUGUGAUCAAAUGGCAGCCAUGUGCGUUCAGAUGGCAGGCCAAAUGGUAGAUAUGCUGCCCGAGGUACCAGAUUUGGAUUGGUUGUAUGGCGUCACUCCGUGGUGGUGCAUCCUGCACAAUAUCAUGCAGUCUACUACUAUUCUCCUCACCUGGCUGUUCAUGCGCAGCCAUCUCAGCCCACCUAAUCCUGCUGAUAUUAUCAGGCACAUACAAAAGGCGAUUCGCUGGUUGAAAGAAAUGUCUACGAAAGACCCCUGCUCGCAGAAAGCCUGGAUUGUGUGCGUGGAUAUUCUCUCGCGGCAUGGCUUGAAGUUCGGGUUCAACCUCGACCUCGAACUCUAG